CUCCGGGGCGCUGACUCAGCCGCAGCCGCCCGCCCGCCGAGCCGGGCCUGGGCUGCGCCCCGCGCCCCGACCCCCGCGCCCCGACCCCGCCGGCCCCGGGACCCGCGAGCGCACGGGACGGCCUCGCCAGCUGCCGCCCGCGCAGGUGCCUGCUCCUGAGUGAAAGGCCACCGCUGUCACUGGCUCCCCGCGGUCACGUCCGGCCACCCACCCCCCGCCCUCCCAGAGCAGCCUGACCCAGAGUGCGGGCCACCCGGCAGCCCUUCUGACGUGGUGACCGCUCCGACCGGCAGGCGUGGAAAAUGGUACCUGUCGACCCCGGGCUGGAGGAGGAGCCCGCAGCCGCAGCCCCGACAUGGAGGAGCCCACGCCCGAGCCCGUCUUCGUGGACGUGGACAAAGGGCUGACCCUGGCCUGCUUCGUCUUCCUCUGCCUCUUCCUCGUGGUCAUGAUCAUUCGCUGCGCCAAGGUCAUCAUGGACCCGUACAGUGCCAUCCCCACGUCCACCUGGGAGGAGCAGCACCUCGAUGACUGAGGCGCGGCCGGAGGACCCCGAGUCCCCCGGCCACUCCCGAGUCCCCUGGCCGCCCAAGUCCCCCGGCCACUCCCGAGUCCCCCGGCCACUCCCGAGUCCCCUGGCCGCCCGAGUCCCCCGGCCACUCCCGAGUCCCCCGGCCGCCCAAGUCCCCCGGCCACUCCCGAGUCCCCCGGCCACUCCCGAGUCCCCUGGCCGCCCGAGUCCCCCGGCCACUCCCGAGUCCCCUGGCCGCCCAAGUCCCCCGGCCACUCCCGAGUCCCCCGGCCACCCUGUGUCCCCUGGCCGCCCAAGUCCCCCGGCCACUCCCGAGU